CCACGUCGUUUCGUCAUUAUCGUUUCGCUGCUCCGUGGCUGGCAGUGUCGAACGUGAUAGGGAUGAGGGAGAGCGGAGUCUGAGGAUCCUAGGGGAAUUUACUAGUGAAUAUUCGAGACGAGAUCGAUCUUGAGAAAAUCUGAAGCGGGAUCAGACUGGCGGCAGAGAAAAAGCUGAAUGGAGACACUCGGACGCUUGAGGAUCCUCGCGUUGCUCUCAAUAUGGCUGACCCAGGUUGCGCUGCCUGGCGCCAUUGCGUCCUACAGCAUUGGCGUGGGCAGGGCAGACACCACUGGGCCCACUGCUGAAAUCGUUUUCAUGGGCUACGCGAAGAUCGAUCAGAAGGGAUCAGGGCUCCAUCUACGAACAUUCUCCCGCGCAUUCAUCAUCGACGAUGGCGAGGAGAGGUUCGUCUUCGUCAGCGUGGACAGCGCCAUGAUAGGAAACGGGGUUCGCCAAUCGGUGCUGCAGAAUCUGCAGAAACAGUUUGGCAAUUUGUACACGGAGAAGAACGUGAUGAUUAGUGCGACACAUUCGCAUUCUACUCCUGGUGGAUACAUGCUCCACACAUUAUUCGAUAUCACAACAUUUGGCUUUGUUAAAGAAACAUUCGACGCCAUGGUUAAUGGAAUAACGAAGAGUAUCGAGCGUGCUCAUGCUACCAUGGUCCCAGGUCGAAUUUUCAUCGGCCACGGGGAAGUCAUUGGUGCCAAUAUUAACAGAAGCCCAUCUGCUUAUUUAAACAAUCCAAAGGGGGAAAGAGACAGGUAUAUGUAUCCAGUGGACAAGGACCUCACGCAAUUGCAGUUUAUCGCAGCAGACGACAAACCCCUGGGGGUUAUCAAUUGGUUCGCCGUCCAUCCGACUAGUAUGAAUAAUACUAAUCACCUGGUCUCCAGUGACAACGUUGGUUACGCAUCUAUUCUGUUUGAGAAAACCGUGGACAGUGACUCGUUGGUUGGCAAGGGUCCAUUCGUGGCAGCCUUCGCCUCCAGCAACCUCGGCGACGUUUCACCGAACACACGUGGACCGAAAUGCGAAUUUUCCGGGAGCACAUGCUCGGAACAGUACACUUGCCCUGGGAAAAAGGAAAUGUGCUUCGCCUCUGGUCCAGGGGUGGACAUGUUCGACAGCACCAGCAUCAUUGCCAACAAAAUCUUCAAGGAAUCAUGGCGUUUAUGGCAGGACGGGAAGCGCAGGGAAGUGAUCGGGCCCCUCCGCGUGGUGCAUCGCUACGUGAACAUGGUGGAACAGACGGCCGAAUACUACAACGAGACCACACAGAAGACCGAAACCGUUCACGGGUGUGAACCAGCAAUGGGGUACAGCUUUGCAGCUGGAACGAUCGACGGGCCAGGAUCAUUCUCGUUCAAGCAGGGCACAACCACCGCGAACCCAAUGUGGAACGCGGUUAGGAACCUACUAGCGGCCCCUACGUCCGAAGACAUAAAGUGUCAUGGCGCCAAGCCGAUUCUGCUUGCCACUGGACAUAUGAAUCUUCCGUACGAAUGGCAGCCGAAAAUCGUGUCCACACAGGUGGCGCUGAUCGGAAACGUUGUCAUUGCCGGUGUACCGGGAGAAUUCACAACAAUGUCCGGAAGAAGAUUGCGAGAGGCUAUCAAAAGGGUCAUGAAUGAUGCGUCCGACGACGAAACCUCCGUUAUAAUCGCCGGUCUCUGCAAUACUUACAGCGAUUACGUCACUACGCCGGAGGAAUAUCAACUCCAAAGAUACGAAGGUGCGUCGACCAUAUUUGGACCUCAUACGCUCACGAUUUAUUUAAAACAGUACCAAGAACUCACGACAGCUGCCAUACUUAAAAAGGACAUUGAGCCUGGCCCAACACCUCCAGAUUUGAGACGCGAGAAUCUUCUCUCGUUUGUCACACCUGUUCUCUAUGAUACUCCGAAAUGGAACAAGAAUUUCGGUGACUGCAUCAAACAGCCCCAGAAAUAUGCAAGACCAGGUGACAUCGUCACUGCAGUAUUUGUUUCUGGCCACCCACGCAACAACCUGAUGACUGAGAGCUCGUUCCUGACCAUCGAGAAGCUCGCUGAGGAUGAAGUAUGGAUACCAGUUGCCAAUGAUGCCAGUUGGGAGACUAAGUUCGAAUGGCAAAGGACGUCGGUGAUCCUUGGUGCGAGUCAAGUGAUCAUUACGUGGCAGGUCCCUGAGGACAUCAAAGACGGUGAAUAUCGUAUCAGACACAACGGCUACUACCGUUAUAUCCUUGGUGGCGUCUUCCCUUACUACGGCGUAUCAAACCACUUCCAGGUUAUAACCACGCGGCCAAAGGCUUGCAGGCGACGUUACUAUGAAUAACCAAGCCGUGAUAUUCUUGGUCCCGAAUGAAAUGCCUACGCUUAAUUCACUGACUGAAUCUGGCCAUAAUUCAGCUGUGAAGGCCAUAAGAUAACACGGGAUACCUCGUACACUCUCCUUCUUCUUCGUAAUUCUUUUAUUUUUCCCUCUUUUUUAUUGUACAGUGUUGUAUUAUAUUUUAUCGACGUGUGAUCUCCUUAAAACGUAGUAGCAAUAACCGUUAGAGCGUAAUUUAAUCUUGAUUAAGGCUCAUUAUUAAACCACCGUGCUUUAGACCGUGGUAAUUUGCAUCGUGUACAUUAACUGUCC